ACUACUGCAAACUUUAUCCUAACCGCCUCUGUGCCAAUGUGCUGCACAGCUUUACCGAGACUUGGGAAGUAGGAACCUUACCUGCCCUUCCAGGACUGAGGAGAGGUAUUGCAGGAACAUGGAAAUCUAAGCGCCUGACAUCUGAAAGCUGCAGCUGGUUACUGCCACCAACCUGCUUGGAAGAGUAAAAGGUCCCACAAUGUACUUUCCUGAUCCAGAUUAUGUGCUUCUGUUCUGAGUAAUGUUCCAGCAGGCAGGAUGCUGGGGCCGGCGGGGUCAACACGAAACUCCGCUGGAGCAUUGAGCAGGCUGGGGAGGCAGAAAACACACCUGAAAAGUAUUUGUCUGCAGUAUCAGCUGUAUCUUCUUCUGAACAGCCAUUUCUUUUGCCUUUUAAAGAAUGAGAUGGGACUAAUCAUCUUCUUCCUAUGUGCUUAUGUACCAAAGACAGCAGCAGGUCAUUGCAAGUGGGCAGAAGUUCUGAAAGAUUUGGAGCAGAUCAAGACAUCCAAAGACAUUGAUGUCAGUUUAUAUACUGCAAACACAGAUGAGGAUAAAGAAUGCCAAGAACCUGUAAUAAGAUGCUUUUUCUUAGAGAUGAAAGUGAUUCUUCAAGAAUGUCGUAUCAAAAAUUGUAGUAAAACACAGGAUGUAUUGAACAUAUGCAAAAAUGGAAAUGCAAGCUUAGAAAAGAACAAGUUGAAUUCCACAACAUCAGCAAAAUGCAAAGAAUGUGAAGAGUAUGAUGAAAAAAAUUUUACAGAAUUUAUACAGAGUUUUGUAAAGGUUAUACAGAAGGAAUGCAAACACUGACCAAAAGACACAAGCUGGGAACCAAGACUCUUCCACGAACAUCCUCAGAGAAAUUAGAUUAUUGCCAGCAAUAAACUGGAAAGUAUAUCACUUACAAUCCUACUUACACAGCAUAACACGUAAACAAAGAAUAAUAAAAUCCCUGAAAUUCACAAUGUAUUCAUAACCGAAUACACACAAAUGAUAUUACUUAUGAAAUACAAAUGAAAGGAAUGUAACAGGGUUUAAAGCUUCUUUUUGACUUAAAGUGUCUUUGUUUUUUGGUAAAUCCAUCAGAAAAGAAAUCCUGCCUAACUUACCAACAUUCCAACAAAAUUCUUUAAGAAGAUCUCGGGAUAUUUGCAGUGGGAACCUCCUCAUGAACAUCAGUUCAGGGCUAAGCGAAUGGGGUUUCAGAGAAAAGCUCUUCUAUUAUUAGUAUUAAUAUAAAUUUAUCAUACCCUGUUAAAGUAUUUGGAAAUAGCUAUUUUUGUUAUCUGAAAUCUAUCCCUUUACUAUCUGUGCUCCUAGAAGAUCCUAGCUCAUCUCUCACUUUUGUUGUUAGUCAUGUCUGACAGUUUUUCCUUGCUAUUUUUCUUCUCGUUAACUUUCCUUCAACGAACUAGUGUCAAAACACAAGCUGAGGCCUGUUUGUCUUAAAGGUCUAUUGGCUAUCUCUUAAUAUAUUUAUUUGUACUAUGGUUUUCAGGUAAACCCAAUUACUUGUUUUACCUAAGAAUUCAAAGUAAAAAAUUAGAAUAUUUAUUUAAAGAUUCUUCCUUGCCUUUUUUCCCUUUUGUACAAUGGUAGCAUAAGGGUAUUAAAAAUUAUCUCCAGCCUUCUCAACAGACGGUAAUGCUGGUGCUUGGUUCCACUGUCCAACGACAGAACAGGCUUUGUUAGUUCAUUUGUUACCUCUGACACAGGCACUACCUUAGUCAUUAUGGUAAUUACUACAGUUCCUUCAGCAAUUACCAAAGAAAGAUUUCAAUCUAAAUUUCAACCAAAGAAAAGUAGCGUAAAUUUCAGUCUCUGAAUAAAGGAGGUGACCAAGUCUGUUACGCACUUAAAAAAAAUAAUUCUAUGUGGUAGAAAUCUUUCCUAUGUAGCAGAGUUUGUAACUUUGGUCACCUUUUGGGAUAAGAACUUUGAAGGCAGGAAUCACUUUUGAUCAGUUAUUGGAAUGUAUUUCUAAGACUCAAUGCAAAGUCACCUGUCCCCUGGUAGUUCUGAAAUGUUGCACAGUCUUCUUUCAGCUCUUUCUAAAGUAACUGCUUUUUUCAUGAUUCAUAACCAUGUCAUACCAACUGCUAUCCAUAAUAAGUAAUUCUUUCGUCCAGACACCUCCAUUUCUCCAUCUUCAUUUGAUAAAUGGCUGAGUCAUUCAGCUGUCCGCUUAGGAGGAAGGAAGUCUCAAUCUCAUUAUGGCAACAAAGACACUGCUUGGUACUCCCUUAUUGUUGGGUUACUCCCAACAGUCAAUCAUCUUCAGCACUCUGAGGAGCUGAAUCUCCAGUAAACUACAAGAGAAAGAACAUAAAUGUGAGCACAGUGAAUGUCAUCUUCCAGGUGACUUACAGACUAACUGAUUGGUAAAUUCAUAAGCACAU